GGCAAAUCUCACCUCACAAACGCUCUUAUUGGAGGAGAACUUGCUCAGGAAGGACAGGACGCGGAUCAUGAAACUGUCGAAGUAAGUUCUAUAACUAUUCUCAUUCGUAUAAAAGCCGCCGCGUGACGAUUUAAUCAACUAGAUUACUGCGUGCUCCCUCGGGAAGCAGUCUAUUGGUCCUUUACGGUCCCCAGGGAAAUUCCCUAGGCCUUUUAUACGCCCUAGCAAACAAAUUCACCGUCUUCUCGCAAGUCUACUCUACAACGGGCAAGCAAGUUUCAUUCUUCCGCAACGCGACCAGCGCCGCUGAAGCUCUUUCAUGGCUCUCGUCCCUUUUUAACCAGACCCAUGCAGCUGACGCGGUAGCUAUUGCUUCGACAAAACCUCAACCAGCACCAACACCAUCCACCUAAGUAUCAUGUUUUUUUAUUUUCUCGCUUCCCCCUUUUCUUGUCAAUUUGUCACAUACGUGGCGUUUAUCUUUUUCACCAUUCUGUUCUGGAGUUUGUUUACGUUAGCGCUUUUAGGCGUCUGUGCGACGUACCAGAGGUAAGGCGACCCUUAUUUGAUUAUUGUCGCGUCUUUUUCGUCUGUUACAGUAGAACGAAAACGAGCCGGAACAUAUUUACGUUGGCGCUUCAUGGCGUCUGUGAAACGUAAAGGAGAAUCUCAACAGUGCAGUUCAGUGGAAUGUAUUUAAUUACGUUGGCGCCCUUCGGCGUCUGUGAAACGUAUAAUGAAGAGAAAGACAUUACGUUGACGCUUCUUAGCGUUUGUGAAACGUAAAGGAGGAUCCUAGCAGCUCUGUUCAGUGGCAUGUUUUUAAUCAGUUACGUUGGCGCCUUUUGGCGUCUGUGAAACGUACAAUCAGGGGAUAGACAUUACGUUGACGCUUCUUAGCGUUUGUGAAACGUAAACGAAGAUCUCACCAACGCAGCUCGGUGGCAUGUUUUUAAUUUCGUUGGUGCCCUUUAACGUCUGUGAAACGUACAAUGACGAACAGACUUCUUUGGCUUUACUUCGCGACCGUCCAUCGUACAUUUGUCUACAGUCUUUGAUGCUUUAUGGCAUUUUACGUGUAUGAAUUGAAAGAUUUUAGGAUAAGGUGGCCAGUUGUUUAUUUUUCCCGUUCGUUUCCAACUCAUUGUAUUGUCAACAUUUUGUAUAAUUUCUGCACAUUGCAUUGUCAGCAUACUCCGUGCCCCCUCGCAGCUGUUCCCUUGAGACGUCUCACUUUUUAUAUUGUGUUUAUUCUUCUUCACCUAUUACACUUGUGAUCUUAGAGGUCACAUAGCAGAAACAGAAGGUGACGUAACUCCUAGAUAUCAGUAACCACAUUCUCUUUACUCUAGCGUACAGCCUUUAUAAAUUUGCACGAGUUUCCUUGUAUAUUAUAUUUUUCUUUGGCUUUUGCUUCCUAUAUUUCCUUACCCCACAUUUGAGUCGUGCUCAGGGGGGGUUCCUAAACACACCCCUCAUCCAGUCUUCGGACGGUGUCCUGACUCGACUCAACUGUGGGGUUCCCUCCCAGCCUCCCUCUUUCGUAGGGUCUUUCCUUCAUUUUUAUCUCCUCCCAUUCGGAUUUCUCUAACCGGGUUACACAUGCUGCAAGCCACCCUUCAGCUUUCCUUUAGCGUAUCCGGGAGGGAAAGCCCCACAGUUGGGCCGGGCCACUCCCCUCAAUUGAAUCCGUCACAUCUGGGAGGCAUUACGCCAACACUGCCCAUCUCUCUAAGGGAGUUUUUCUGGGUUUUUCUGAGUUUCGGGGAGAUUUGACUGUACUGCAAGUUAAUGAGGUAUUCUGCAAUAAUUUACCGUCUUUUGGAUGAGUCUAUAUCACCCCUGGUGUCGAGCAAAAUUUUUCACCCAUAACUUAUCUAUCAAAAGGCAUAAGGUGGCUCUUAUGCGAAUGUAAAUUAGUUACUAUUCUCAUUCGUAUAAAAGCCGCCGCGUGACGAUUUAAUCAACUAGAUUACUGCGUGCUCCCUCGGGAAGCAGUCUAUUGGUCCUUUACGGUCCCCAGGGAAAUUCCCUUGGCCUUUUAUACGCCCUAGCAAACAAAUUCACCGUCUUCUCGCAAGUCUACUCUACAACGGGCAAGCAAGUUUCCCCACCCUCCUCCCCUUCAGCGUCGCUGGCAAAUUUUCUCUAUCAGCCCACCUUAUGCCUUAUGCAGAAUUUUUCACCCAUAACUUAUCUAUCAAAAGGCAUAAGGUGGCUUUUAUGCGAAUGUAAAUUAGUUACUAUUUCUUAACAGUAAUUUUGUCUAAAACGUCUCUAACAAGCCAACAUUUUGCCUUGAAGCUAAGAUUAAAUCAAUUAUGAUUGCAUUUUAUCGCUAUUUCUUGACUCUAUCAAACACAAAGUUUGAAUUUUAUUUUGUAUUUUAUCUUUUUGUAUCGUAUAUUUUUCAUGCAAGCCAGUAAAAUUAUGAGUAAUUGAUGAACUAUACACUCUCAGCCACGAUCUUUUACUGAGGCCUUUUCUGUAUUGUUAGUUACUCCGGUCUUCAAACAGGAAAAUAGGUCAGUUCCGACUUCCUCCUCCAUAUUCGAAUCAACUGAAAACGAUGCAGGACGAAGUGAUAUAAAACAACCACAACAACAACAUUUGCAACAACAAUAACAACAAAACGAAACAAAAAAUAAUUCUCCAUAGGAAUGACCCAUGAACUACAUAAAGUAGAACCCCGGUAACUCGAACUCUGAAGGGAAACAAAAAACCGUUCGAGUUCGAGUUAGGGGGGGGGAGGGUGGGGGGAGGGAGUGGGGUUAGGGUUAGGGUUAGGUUCUACUGUAGUAAUAAACAAUUAUUGGAUGAGGCUGAGCAUGAUAUGAAGAAUUAUGCAGAACGAGGAGAAUGUUGUCGUCCAAGGCUUAACGCUGAGGUGGAUAAAUGUACUCGUUUUUAUUACCACUCGUGUAAGGAUCAAGAUCAUCUUUUUCUACACAGUUUUUUCUCAAUUUUCUCAAACGCAAUGAUCGACUGUAAACUACCAGUAAGACCAAAACGUUGGCAGAGGGUUAUCGUUCGAUAAAAUGUCAAAAAAUUAAGCUUUUGUCCACCGAUUUUCUGUCCUUUAUUUUCCACCAGGUGACAGGGUAUGAAGCUAUAAAGAACAAUGUCAAAGUUACCGUGUUUGAAACUUCAGGACUGGCAGAUGCAACGGGUAAAGAUGAUGAAUACAUCAGCAAAAUUCAGCCUAAAGAGAUUGAUCCCGACCUGUUUCUUUUUUGUACUGAAUUAAACGCCAGACGAUUUCGCAGUGAUGACUUGGAAACAAUUGAGAAGCUCACCAAAGCUUUGGGUGUCUCGCUUUGGAAACACGCCGUAGUGGUAUUCACAUUCGCCAACGAAGUUAGCUGA